UUGGAGGAUUGCUACCACCCUACUCAAAACAAAAAUUUCUCUCUUCCCUCGCAUUUUUAACAUUUUCCUUCCAAUUUUCCCAAAACUCUCAAACUUCUCAGUUCUUCCAAUUUUUCCAGGAUUCUGGCCAUAGAAUUUCUGAAGAAAAUUGCAAGCAAAAAUGCAUGAGUUCUACAUGAACCUCUCAACUGGGUUGAAAGAUAUUGUCUGGAAAUCUGACGAUGAAGUUACAGAUGAAGUGAAUAAUGGAACCAGUACAGCAAUCUCAGACGAUCAACCAACACAAUGCAAGCAACACACAAGGGGUUAAGCUGAAUGAAAAUAGUUACGGUCCGUUUAAAGAACAUAAUGAAGUACCAAAACCAUGCUGGAAAAUCCCCUCAUUCAAAGAAAAGCAAUCCAGCGGAUAUAUCUUGUUUUCGUUAUAUAAUGGUCCGGAGCACCAUGCUUCACAGAUUGCAAAUGCUGUGGUCGUGGCUAGGCAUCUUGGAGCAAAACUUGUGCUUCCUGACAUUAGAGGGACCAAACUGGGGGAGAAAAGAGACUUUGGAGAAAUCUAUGAUGUCAAGAAGUUUGUGGCAAGCCUGGAUGGAGUAGUCCAGGUAGCCAAGGUUAAGCCUGCUGAAAUAUCAAGCGUGAAAGCCACUGCUGUAAGAGUCCCAGAUAGGGUCUCCAAGGAUUUCAUUACUGCCACAAUCAAACCCAUAUUUAGUACCAAUAAAAACUUGAGGCUUGCUACUUACUUUGAUGCGUUAUCCAUGGAAAAUUCGAAAGAAACCGUGGACUCGAAUGCAUACCAAUGCCUGGCUGCAUUUGGAAGUCUCAAGCUGCAAUCAGAUUUGCUUGAAUUGGUCGAUUCAAUGGUUGGGACACUACGGAGCAUGAGCCAGAAAAUGGGUGGGCGCUUUGUAGCAGUGGACUUGAGGUUUGAUAUGUUGGGAAAGAAGAGGUGCCACAAAAAUGUUGUUUCAAGUGAACGCUGUUAUAAUGCUGAAGAAAUUGGUGAAUUUCUCAACAAGAUUGGUUUUCACAAGGAAACAGCGGUAUACUUGACUCAAACUGGAUGGCAUGGUAGGCUCGAUUUAUUGAGGGAUAUUUUCCCUAACACAUUUACAAAGGAUGCAAUCGUGCCUGCUUAUGAGAGGGCAAAAUUCAUGGGCUCAGAGGGUCGUGAAUAUGAACAAUUCAUCGACUUCAACAUUUGCUCACAAAGCGAUGUCUUUGUACCAGCGUACCCCAGCCGAUUCUACGCUAGUGUAGCAGGGAACCGAAUAGCUUCGGGCAAAACACAAAUAUUUGUUCCUGCGGAGAAAACUUCAGAGAUAGCCAGUCAUUAUCUUUCUCCGUACAUAGCCAGAAAAAGCCAUUUUGCACAUUCUUGUUUCUGUGUUUAACUGAAAUUUUUAUUGUGUCGUGGCAAUCAUGUCCAAUUGUGAGUAAAAGUGUUGCCGAUACCUCAACCUUCCUCUUAACUGCAAAUGUGAUUUGUCGACAAAUGUUCAAAGAGUGCUGUAUAUUUUUAUAUUAUCAUGUUACUUGAUUCUCA